UCCAGUUUUUACGGUCAGUCGCUUACAGGUAGUAUAUACGCAAACUGCUCCCAUAGCAGUACAGUAGAUAUUACAAUUUAUUAAGGUGCAAUUUUUUUCGCGAAAUUACCCUAGUUGUGUAACAUACAACGAGUAGUUUCGCCAAAGACUUUUGUGUUUAAAACUUUUUAAGUAUACAAUAGAAAAAUUCAAUAUGAAUAAGUUGAUAAUUUUUUCAUUGUCAUUCUGUGCCAUCAUGGCUGUUACUUUAGCUGCGCCGACAGACAAAGUAGUUGAAUUAAGUAAUGAAAUUAUUCCACAAGGUGAAUUUAAAAGGGACGGAGAUUCUGUUUCAGCCUCUUGGGGAGGUUUCCAAGCUUCUGCCGGUCUUUCCGAUACUGGCGCUGUAGCUUCGGCCGGAGGUAAUGGCUUAGGUGCCGGCGCUGGUUACGGUAUUGGUGGAAUAGGAGCUAAUGCUGGAGUUGCUGGUACUGGUAAUAAACAAGGAGCCGCAUACGGAGUCGGUUCUAUUGGUCAACCUGGACAUCAAGGUGUCAUCGCAGGACAAGGAUUCUUCGAUAGAAUUUUCGCUAUCCCAAUCAAUGUUUUGCAAUCUGUCAAUACUUACCUUAACCAAAGACCAACAGCCGUCCGAAAAGCUGUCGUUGUUUCUAACGGAGGAAACGGUUAUGUAGCAACAGCUGGUAAAGUGGGAGAUGUUAAUAAAGUAUCUGUAUCUGAAACAGUUGCAACAGCUAGUUCAGGAGCUGAAUACGGAAAUACUGGAGUGAGUGUUGCUGGAGCCAGUGCUAGUGCAGGUUCAGGCCCAGUAGUACAAAAGAAUUACGAUCAAGUAUUCAAUAUUCCCAUUACAGCUUUGAGAUCAGUCCAAAAUCUCCUUAAUGGAAAAAAAUAAGUUAUUCAUGUGAUGAAAACAAAAAUUGUUUAAUUUAAGUUACUACUUUUAUUUUGGUUUAAAAUUAAAUAUUAGUUUAAGAUUAUUAUUGCUAUGUUAUUAAGAUUAUUUAUAUAGAUUAUUUAAUUUAAUAAACAAUUAAGUUUGUUAAAUUUA